AUGGCGUCCACCGGCCCGUCCGCCGCCGCCUCUGCCAUCCCGCCGCCGGCGCCCUGCGGCGCGGCCCCGCCAGCCCGUCCCGACUUGCCGCGCGGCUCGGCUCCGCUGCCCUCGCUGGCGUACGUCGCCGCCCCACCGCCGACGCUCUCCGGCCAGUCCAUCGUCGCCCCGCUGCCGGCGCCGACUCUGCCCGUCAACCCCUUGCUGUCGCGUGGGGCGUUCGACGCGCCCGUGUACGGGGCUCCCGGGUACUGGUGGGGGUCGUCAGCAGGCCAGCACUCGCCCGCUGGGCAGCCGCCAGACAGCGCCCAACACCUGCAGCAUCUUUGA